AAAUCGACGAGGAGUCGAUGGCGGUCCGCAGCGUCACUCCGACGCAUGAACCGGCGUCGGUCUCGGAUCACGGUCGGAGCCUCAGCCGGAGCUCAUCGAACGGUUCGAAGAAGAUCCGACGAAAGUUCGGGUGGCUGAUCUCGUCGACGUCGCCGUCGUCGACGCCGAGGCGAUCGGCGGAGGAUUCGUCGACUAAUCUGGCGCCGAGAGACGGCGAGGCUGGAUUCCGGGCGCAGGCCGCCAGUCGCGCACCCGCAUUCCGGAGCACUCUUCGCUGCGCUAAACGAGGUUUGCGGUCAUUAAAUCGCCGCCAACCGGUUUCGGUUGAGUCGACGGAACUUUGGCGGCCGGUCGAGCAGCGGUUCGAUUCGUUAGCGAAGGAUGGGCUGCUUUCGAGAGAAGAUUUUGGGGAGUGUAUAGGGAUGGUGGACUCGAAGGAGUUUGCGAGCGGGAUUUUUGAUGCAUUAGCAAGGCGGCGGCGGCAGAGUUUGGAGAGAAUUACGAAAGAGGAGAUGCACGACUUCUGGGUGCAAAUUUCUGAUCAGAGCUUCGAUGCGAGAUUGCAAAUUUUCUUUGACAUGGUGGAUACUAAUGAGGACGGGAGAAUUACGAGAGAGGAAGUACAAGAGUUGAUAGGUUUGAGCGCGUCGGCGAACAAAUUGUCGAAGUUGAAGGAGCAGGCGGAGGAGUACGCUGCGUUGAUCAUGGAGGAACUCGAUCCCGAGAACCUUGGUUACAUCGAAUUAUGGCAGCUGGAAGCCUUACUCCUCCAAAGAGACACCUACAUGAACUACAGCCGCCCCCCGCUCCGCCGGGUCCUACCCCUCCGGCGCACUUUAGCACGCACCAAACUCUGGCUUGAAGAGAACUGGCGCAGGAUAUGGGUCAUCCUACUGUGGGUCGCCUCCAUGGCAGCUCUCUUCGCCUGGAAAUUCGUUCAGUACCGCCAGCGUGCUGCUUGGCACGUGAUGGGGUAUUGCCUGCCGACGGCGAAGGGAGCGGCCGAGACGCUGAAGCUUAACAUGGCGCUCGUGCUGUUGCCUGUUUGUAGGAAUACGCUCACGUGGCUUAGGUCUACACGUGCGAGGCUCUUCGUGCCGUUUGACGAUAACAUCAACUUCCACAAGAUGAUCGCAACGGCUAUAGUCAUGGCCAUCCUAGUCCACGCCGGGACCCACCUCGCCUGCGACUUCCCUCGCGUGGUCCGGUCGCCGCCGGAGAAAUACACCCUCAUCACCCGCGACUUCGGCUCAACCAAACCAACGUACAGCGGCCUCCUCUCCGGCAUCGAGGGGGCUACCGGGAUCGCGAUGGUGAUCCUAAUGUGCGUCUCCUUCACGCUGGCGACCCACAAGUUCCGCAAGAACGGGGUGAGGUUACCGCGCCCUCUGAACAAGCUUACCGGGUUCAAUGCGUUCUGGUACUCGCACCAUUUGCUCGCUGUUGUGUAUGGGCUCCUUGUGGUUCAUGGCUACUACAUGUUUCUUGUCCACAGAUGGUAUCAGAGGACGACGUGGAUGUAUAUCUCUGUUCCGUUGCUGCUCUACAUAGGUGAGAGGACUCUCAGGGCUUUCCGUUCCAAUGCUUAUUCCGUUAAGAUAAUGAAGGUUUCUUUACUACCUGGAAGCGUUUUAACAUUGGUCAUGUCCAAGCCACAUGGAUUUCGUUAUAGGAGUGGCCAGUAUAUAUUCCUGCAAUGCCCAGCAGUAUCUCCAUUUGAAUGGCACCCCUUCUCCAUCACCUCAGCACCUGGUGAUGAAUAUCUUAGUGUUCACAUAAGAACUACGGGGGACUGGACUCAGGAGCUCAAGCGGAUUUUUACAGAGCACUACUUUACUUCCGGGAGAGCCAAAUUAAAUGAAGUGGGAUCAUCGGGUCACAAAAGCUUGCCGAGAUUGCUUGUUGAUGGACCAUAUGGGUCACCAGCCCAAGACUUUCGAAACUAUGAUGUUCUACUUCUGGUGGGGCUAGGUAUUGGCGCUACUCCUUUUAUAAGCAUUCUCAGAGACCUUCUCAACAACAUCAAAUUGGUAGAUGAACUCUUGGAGAUGACUACAGAGACUAGCAGAUCAGAUGACAGCACAAGCAGUAGCUUUGGCUUUUCGACGCCAGGUAGUGUUAGCAAGAAGAGACCACAUAGAACUGCCAGUGCUCAUUUCUACUGGGUUACAAGAGAGCCUGGGUCAUUUGAGUGGUUCAAAGGUGUUAUGAAUGAAGUUGCAGAAAUGGAUAGAAAGGGAGUUAUAGAGAUGCAUAAUUACCUAACAAGUGUCUACGAGGAGGGAGAUGCGAGGACCACUCUUCUCACCAUGGUGCAAGCUCUCAAUCAUGCCAAGAAUGGCUACGAUAUAGUCUCUGGCACUCGGGUUAGAACACAUUUUGCAAGGCCCAAUUGGAGGGAAGUUUUCAUGAAAAUAGCUUCAAAGCAUCGAGGCGGCACUGUAGGUGUAUUCUAUUGUGGAACUCCAGUAUUAGCCAAGGAAUUGAGAAGUUUAUCCCAUGAGAUGAGCCACAAGACUUCAACAAGAUUUCACUUCCACAAGGAGUACUUCUAAUUCUUUGGCCUUAUGUAAAGGGGCAAAAUGCACUAAAUUUUUGUGUACUUCUUAAAAAAGAAAAAGAAAAUGUUACAUAUAGCCAUAUAGGGAAAGUAUUCACAUCAAAAUGUAUAUAAAUAUUUCUCGUAUAUAGAGUAGAGAAAAGAAGGGGAAAUAGAGUUAGCAAGAAGAGAGGACUUUGAAUCUUUCCUACCAUCAUUUUUUUUACGUAACUUAUAAUAUGUAUGCAAUAAACGAUAUUAAAAUUGAAGUUAUAGUUUUUUCAUGUAAAAUUGAAGCCAAUUACUAAUUUGUUUC